AGAGAGAGUGUCAAGGACACAUCAGCAACUUCCAAGACGCCUGACGCAAGUCAAAAGGAGGACAGGUGCUUCUGAAGAGCCGAACUCUGAGACUGAAAAGCACAAGUCAGAUGUUAGACACUUCAGUGUUUCCAAAGCACACAUGAAAGCACGCUGAGGCUGUUCACCCAUGGGAGACCGUUACAUGCGAAGAUCAAAACAGCAUUUGGCACGGGCAGAUGGAUGAUGCUGCUGAUCCCUCGCUCCGGAGGCGUGGAGUGACAGAUGACAGAGGUUUUGGUACAGCAGGAGGGAGAGCCAAAGAGAGAGGCGACGACGGAGAGACUCGCCACUGCUGAUAACCGAGAGAACAGAAAAGGUCAAGCACAUCGAUUGGGAGGUGAGGUAGAAUUCGCCCUCACCAUCAUCUCGGAUAAACACCUCAGAUAUGUCCGUUCACAACAGCAAGGUUCAAAGCUGAAUGCAGAUACUGAAACCGACUGACACCCUGUGGCAAACGGACUACAGCGAUUGGGUGGACAGAGGACGAUGGUGGCCCGGAGCCAUGGAUAUGAGUCAUCCAAUUUCCAGCUCUAAAUUAAAAACUCUUAAAGUCUCACUUCCACUUGGAUGUAGAUGUGGCUGAACACCAAAAAGCAACUCGGGACAGUUUUGCUCAGCAUAUACCUUGAGAACUCCCUGGCAAUGAUUUGUUGGCCAGUAAUGGGAGAUACAAGCCUAACAGAACAAUUUGAGGCUGUUUGGAACUAGCAAGAUUUAUUAAAACACAAUAAUAAAACCAAGAGCCCUUGUAGCUGCUUCUUCCCUAUCCCCCUGCCCCAGCUUCCCUGUCAUUCACAAUCCCCCAGAUUUCUCCCUAUCCUGCUUUCUUCCCAUCCCAUCUGAUCAACUCUUAGGUGAUAUCCUUCAGAGAAGUGUCCCUUAAUUUUGAGUGCAGCUUCUUCUUCUGUAUGCUUCUGAAGCAGAUUGUCCAAUCUCCAGUAAUCUCUCUUUGAAAUGGGUGGCCCAGCAAGGGCUCUUCUUGGCGGGUUCGGGACAACCACAUCCUCCUUGGAGGUCGGGAGUCGAAUGGCUUGGCCGAGCAACAACCCCUUAGAUCUCAAUCAAACCCUCCCAUGGGGGAUAGGACUUGGAAGCAGCAGCGGAGGUGGUGGUGCUUCCGGCAUGAGUUUAGGUCUGGAUAAUUUAACAACCCAGGAGUCUGUGAGCAGGGCGGUUAUCAAAGAGAAGAACUGGCCAGCACUGCUCAUACUCGUCAUCAUUGCGCUGACGAUCGGCGGAAACAUUCUGGUCAUCCUCGCGGUGUCGCUGGAAAAGAAGCUCCAGAAUGCCACCAACUUCUUUCUGAGGUCACUGGCUGUAGCGGACAUGCUCGUAGGGAUCCUGGUUAUGCCAAUCUCUCUUAUCAACAUCCUCUAUGACUACGCCUGGCCCCUCCCCAGCGCUCUGUGUCCGAUCUGGAUCUACCUGGACGUGCUGUUCUCCACUGCCUCCAUCAUGCACCUCUGCGCCAUCUCCCUCGACCGAUACGUCGCCAUCCGCAACCCUAUAGAGCAUAGCCGCUUCAACUCUAGAACCAAAGCCAUGAUGAAGAUCGCUGCAGUGUGGACCAUAUCUAUAGGCGUGUCAAUGCCCAUUCCAGUGAUUGGCCUGCACAACAAGGACAAGGUCUUCGUCAACGGCAGCUGUGUCCUCAACGAGGAGCGCUUCGUGCUGAUUGGCUCCUUUGUGGCCUUUUUCAUCCCGCUCGUAAUCAUGGUGGUGACAUACUGCCUCACCAUACAGGUGCUUCAGAGGCAGGCCACAGUCUUCCUGUAUGAGGCAAAGACUUCUUCCCAGCAGCCUUUGCACACACCAGCAAUGGGAAAUACAUUGCAGCCUCCACCCAGCACCUUCCACCUUCCUCAGAUCAAUACACUUGCUCCUCCAGACUCACAAGAGUUGAAGGUCCCGCCUCCUCAAAGCAGACGAAACACCUUGAGCUGCCUGAAGGGCACAGAGCCCAGCAUUCUGCUCAGCGCCUCCACCUCAGAUAGCAUCAGCAUCAUUCCCAGCUCUGAGGUGGCGUCCCAGCUCAGCUCGCCGGCAGCUGGACCGGGCCGGAGUGAUGCGUCAAGUCACGGUCGCCGGGGGAUGAUGCAGGCCAUAAAAAAUGAGAGACGGGCCUCGAAGGUUCUAGGAAUCGUCUUUUUCCUCUUCCUCAUCAUGUGGUGUCCCUUCUUUAUCACCAACGUCACCUUCGUCUUGUGCAGCAACUCCUGCAACGAGUCACUGCUCCACGACCUCCUCAACGUCUUCGUCUGGGUGGGUUACAUCUCCUCUGGAGUCAACCCUCUGGUCUACACCCUCUUCAAUAAGACCUACAGGAGAGCGUUCUCCAGCUACAUCAGGUGCCAGUACAAAGUCGGGGCCAACGCAGCCAGCCAGGGUUGCAAAACCCUCCUCGUCCCGCCGCCAUGCCCUUCACACGCCGUGACUCCUCUUCUUAUGGGCGAUCACGGGAAGGCAGGUGUGGACCGCAACAGUAACUGUCGCAAUGGCGGUAGGGGGGAUAACGGGAGGCUCGCAGUGGACCCGGAGGACACAACGGACGAUGGGACGCAAUUCGGAAUAACCUCGCAGAGCAUUUCGGAGUGCCAGAACAUUUGCAUGCUUUCAGAAACAGAGCCGGAAACGGAGCUGGAGCCGGAGCUGGAGCCGGAGCUGUCACUCAUCAGCUACAGCCCUGCCCCGAGAGAACACACAAGCAGCGUGUGACUGUGUGCAUCCGGUCAGUUUUAGUCUUCUGCAACCUGCAGAUGCUGUUCCAAGCAGGGCUGGUGCUUGGACACGACAGCUUUUCUACUGGUUUCAACUGUAGUGAGGACUCUUACUGGGAAAAGGACUAGUCUCUGCUGACAAGCCUUUUUCUCCGUACUAUGUUCAUCAAUGUGGAAAGAAACCGGAAGAGUUAAUAUUUCGGGUUGGAAAGGUAGAAUGAAAACCAAUAUUUCCAGUGUGCUCGUUUUGUAAAUGUUGGCUUUCAUAACAUUAAUAGAAAACAAAGGCAUCCACCAGGCCUUUACCUAUACAUCUAAGCACUCAUCAGUGGCAAGAUGUGGGGGCUCCUCAUGGCAUUGACAAUACCAGCUGAGAUCCACUGAAAGGGAUGAAGUGAAGAGGUCGGUGGAGAGCCAGCUCUCGUCAACCUAGCAUUAAGUCAAGUGGCCCUUCACGGAGUCCCACAGACGCAGGUUACAGAGUCAAGCACCAACCGGGAGGCCACUGGGGUCAAACUACGCCUUCAAGCCUUCACACAGAGUCAAAAUGCAGUCCGAGCUCGGGUCCACGUGGAUUCCCUCCACACCAAGCAAACUAAACCAAAUAUAUUUUUGUGCCGGUCGAGCUUGACAACAACAGCAGUCCUGAGAGCCAUCUGAAUGAACCUCUCCAGCAUGUUUAAUGAAACUAUUCAGCCGACAGGAGGGGGAUGUUUCUCUGAAGGAAACUGCAGUUGAAGCGUGUCUGAGGGGACCAACAUAAAGGAAUGUACUACCGCUGGUCUCUGGUGGACUCACAGUGCCAUCUAGUGGUCACAUGACUCAGAGAGGUCGCCUCUUACCCUCCCCCUUUCUCCUUUAUUGGACUGAACAAGGGGGAUACAAGAGCUAAGAAACAAGGUGCAGGCCUUUGGCUUAACACAGCUGACAGGCUCUGGCUUCUGUUGACCAACAGAAACACUUUGCAAAAUGCUAAAUUCACUACUUCCACAGGUUUUUAACUCAAAGCAACCAAUGAAAUCUUAAAUAAAAGUAAAACAGUCUAAAAGGAAUGCAUUAUAUGUAAUUUUUUUAUGUUAAGUUGAACUCUUUUCAUGUUUACACUCAUUACUCAUUCCCACUCUUUUCUUUAUACAAGCCAAACGGGGAAAUGUAUAUCUUUUGCAUUCACCCAUUAAAACAAGACUACAGUGUAACGUAGCCUCAUGCAAAUAAAUGAAAAGUUUGAGUCAAAGCAGGUUUGAUUUUUGAUUGAUUUGCCACAACUUAUAUGUGACUUUAAUCUUGACUAUAUCCCAAACCAAUGAGCAUGCAUAUCAUAUUAUCAGGUUACGCAUCAGGAUUUUCAUAUCAUCUACAAGCACAAAUCUUCGCAAUUUGAUAUUCUGGGCAUCUGUGAAGGACACAUCCUUGAAUUGAAAAGAACCUCUGUGUCAUCUACUUUAAAAAAGAAAAGAAUGAGGGAUUUGUAUUCAAGGACAGUUAUUAAUUUAGUCCCGUUUCAGUCAUUCUGCAGGCUAAAACCUGCUUGAAGGGUAGAGUGAAAGCCAAAAAAAGGAAGAAAUUAAAGAACACUAGUGGCUUUGUUUGCAUAUAAAUCAACAAAUUUUAGUAAUAAUCAAAGAAUUACACUGAAACUAAAGCUCCAAUGAUGGUUUGCUUGGCAGCGUUUCAACCCUGCACUGAGUCAGACUCUCUGAUCUUCUACAGCUUCACAGUAACUCACAGUUAAGACCAAGUAGCUUUAGAUUUCAUCCGUGAGACGGACAGAAAGUCGAUACCCUAAGAGACAAAGUCCCCAACACUCAGAGCCCUGUCACUCUGACUCCACCUCUCUCACUCCCACUUUCCCUCCUCCCACAUUUUUAUUGACAUCUGACAAGACGGCAUGCUUCAUCCACUCUGGAUGAAAUACCUGCAGUUUGAUUUUCUCAUGAACAAAUUCACAAAUUUAUCCGAGAUAACAGAGGACAUCAUGAGGUAGUUCUAAUCGGCCCGAUUCUAAUUCCUGCUAGAAAUACCUCAGCUUUUAGUUUUUACUGUCAAGGCAUUCACAUUUAACGAACGAUCCAUUUACAAAAUCGAUGAAGAACAGCCUGAGAUGGCCUGAAAAAGGAACUAGAUCUUCAAAAAUAUGUCUUAGUUCUGGUCGACCGUCACUGCAAAGAAAUCCCAGGGUCAUAAAUCAAACAAAAGACACAGCUCACUGGUUUUACACAAACUUGGUUUGGUGUGACAGACCAUUAAUAACAUCUUUGUCAGGAAGAAAUAAUCAGCAGUUUGUCCAGUCGCUCUCAUGGCAGUUUGUAAAACUUUGUGUUAAAGACAAAAAUUCCUUCUCUGCACCCUGAACGUUGUUCAAAAACACUCGGCCAACCAGGAUGGGAUCCAUUUGCUGGGACGAUUCUGGACAACACCCCUAAUGUAGACUAUAUAAUCUUAAGUCAAAGACGCAGUCAAAGAUGCAGAUAGGUAAUACAGCACUCUGCUAGCUUUACAAACCUGCUUGUUUUUAUUGAUCCAAUGUGUCCUGUGGAAGUAAAAUACCCAAAAUGCUAGAUGGAAAACUUGUUUUAAAACAGCAAAGACUAAGUAUCUGCAACACUCCACCUUACAAAAGAUAUAAUACUGUGUGGAGUUUGAAGGUCAAGUUCAUGCUUUUCAUCAAGAACUUCGCCUCUUAGAAGAUAAGAUAUGAAUGUAUAAAGAAGAUUUAACCUUAAAUUAAAAGUUGGGCUA